UAGGACAUAUAUUUGUAAACAUUAUUGCUAGUUAUUAGUAUUGCAUUCUUGUGCGAUAUAUAAUGCAAAUCUUGAAUAUAAAAUUCUUGUUGUUGCAAUUACGAAAUCAUGGUGCAAACCUCAAUUUGAAAUUACGGCAAUUUGCACGAAUUGCUUAUCACAGAAACGAUGAAGUUAAACCGAAUCCAAAGGUUCUAGCUCUCCGAGAAAAAUUAGUAUAUUGUGAUUAUUUAGACUAUGAACGUGUACAAAUAGGACAGAAAUAUAUGCAAAUGAAAAGAUUGAAAUUAGCGAAUGAAAAAUGUGAAGAGUACCAACAAAUUGCUCAUGAACCUGUAUUUAGUGUUAUGUUAAACGACCGGGAAAAGGAUAAAAACGAAGAUGAUUCUCUGAUAGAGAAGGAACAUGACAUAGAUGAAGAACAAAUUUUGAAGAAACAGAAAGCUUUACAUAUGCCAUACGCAGUCAUUCAUUCGUAUGAAAGGACUGAUUUAAAGCCAGAUGAUGUGGUGCCAUCGGGUGUGGAUUUACUGAAUGAAAGAUACAAAAAAUUGUAUGAGAAGUACUUGGAGCUAGAAAAGCAUGACUUGAAUGAUAAGAAUGGUAAACAUCGACUCAAGUUUGAAGAAUUUGUAAAAGCCAAUAAAAAAUAUAUACCAAAAGGGGAAGUGUGGAAAGUUCCACAUACUUGGAUGACUGACUAUGAGCAGUUUGAUGAUACUUUAAUUGAUGUGUAUUCGUAUAAAAAUUAUGGUACAGCAGAUCCUAAUUCAGAUGUUACUUCUAUACCAUGUGGUGGAUGUGGUGCUUUAUUACAUUGUAAAGAUCCAGAAAUUCCAGGGUAUUUGCCAUUGGAAUUACUUUCACCGCAAGAUAGCGAAGAGUUAAAAUCAAUGAUAUGUCAAAGGUGUCACUUUUUGAAAUUUUACAAUGCAGCUUUGGAAGUAAAAGUUUCGAUCGAAGAUUAUCCAAAAUUGUUAAAAGUGAUCAAAAAUAAGAAAUGUGCCAUUAUCCUGAUAAUUGAUUUAACUGAUUUCCCUUGCAGUAUUUGGCCUGAUUUGAAAACUAUCAUUCAUCCUUUUACUCCUAUUUUCCUUGUUGGAAACAAAGUCGAUUUGUUACCCAGGGAUUCCAAGUUAUUCUUUGAAAAUGUUAAACAGCUCUUACUAGAUACUGUAAUUGAUGUAACUGGUGUAAAAAGGGAAAAUAUUACACAUGUUGAACUCAUAUCUGCGAAAACUGGAUAUGGUAUAGAACAACUUAUAAAUAAGUUGCAAUAUAAGUGGCAAUAUAGAGGUGAUGUUUAUUUAGUUGGCUGUACAAAUGUUGGAAAAUCUUCUUUGUUUAAUAUUUUAUUAAAAUCUGAUUAUUGCAAGGUACAAGCUGUCGAUCUCGUGCAGCGUGCUACAGUAUCUGCUUGGCCAGGAACGACAUUAAACUUAUUGAAGUUUCCAAUUUUAAAUCCUACUGAUAAAAAACGUUGGUUAAGAAUGGUAAGGCUUAAAAAUGAACAAUUUUAUAAGAAUGAAGAAACAAAAUUAAGGAAUUAUCAAUUUAAAAUAACAAAAAAUAUACGGUAUGCGACGUUAAAAGGUCACGUUGGUACAUCGUUUACCGGGAACGCGCUUGAAGACGAUUGUCCCGAUCCGUUCGCAGAAAGAUCGUCUGCUUUUAUGUCAAAGAAACUUGUUCUAGACGAAUCUAAACCAGAAUAUAAACAGAGUCGUUGGUGUUAUGAUACUCCAGGUACCAUACAGACCGAUCAAAUACUAAAUUUAUUAACGACUGACGAACUACUGCUAACAUUACCACAACAAAUUAUUACACCGAGAACAUUCCUUCUUAAACCGGAACAAACUGUGUUCGUGGCUGGUAUGGGAAGAUUAGAUUAUCUUGAAGGAAAAAGGUAUAUAAGAUGCACGGUAUUCAAAAGUGAUCAGCUACCUAUAACAAUAUGUUAUACCGCUGAUGCGAAUGAGGUGUACGAUCAGUUGUUGGAAACUGAAGCAUUCGUUGUACCCGUGAAUGAUCCGGAACGAUUAAAAUUAUGGCCGAAAUUGGAAUCAAAAGAAGUACAAGUAACCGGGGUAAAUUCUCCAUAUUCUGUUGCUGAUGUUGUGCUCUCCAGUAUAGGUUGGAUUGCGAUUAAACCUAAUAAAACCCAAAUCGUAUCGUUAAGAGCAUGGACGCCUUACGGUCGUGGUAUAUACUUCAGAUCUCCGCCAUUGUUGAAAAGAUCGGUGUGCUUUCACGGUACAAUAAUUCGAGGUUCUCCAAUGUUUUCAUUGGGUCGGCGGGUACAUGUUACAUAAUUAAAGUAUACGUCGAACUUUGUUGUAGUACUAGUGUUUGACCAAGUUAUCGGGAUUCAAUCGGAUUUAAGUAACUCAAUUGUUUCCAUAAAGUUACAUUUACUUUAAACUUUCGUCAAAUGAGCAAUUUGAAGGAAAAAUAUACGUAUUCUUACGGUAUGAAAUUUUUCAAUCGUAUACACGUUGUGCUCGAAAUUUCGUU